CACAAGCAAAUGGUUUGGUUCUUGCUAGAGAGUUUGUUGAUCCAAAGUCUCCCAGAGAUAGUAGUUCCCAAAAUGGCCUUUAUGAUGAAAUUAUCCCACUUGCUACGGAGUUUGUUGAUCCAAACUCUCCCAGAGAUAGUAGUUCCCAAAAUGGCCUUUAUGAUGAAAUUAUCCCACUUGCUACGGAGUUUGUUGAUCCAAACUCUUCCAGAGAUAGUAGUUCCCAAAAUGGCCUUUAUGAUGAAAUUAAUCCACUUGCUACGGAGUUUGUUGAUCCAAAGUCUCCCAGAGGUAUGGAAAAAAUUUCAUGCUAAAAUAUAUGGUCUAAAGCCUCCCAAACGUUGUCGGGAUGUAGACUAUGAGAAACAACUUGGUGAACCCACCAUCCUGGUGCAAAUUGAAGGUGAUGGGAAUUGUUUUUAUAGGGCGAUUAGUGUAGAGCUUACUGGAGCUCAAAAUUCCCAUGAUAUUCUCAGGCAAUGGUUGGCACAAUUUAAGCUAACAUCCGAGAUGGGAAAGGUAAUUGAAAAUUAUCUUCACGACACGAACAAAAAAAUAGACACAAACAUGUCUUUAAUAAUGUAAUGACACAGUAGA